AUGGCUGCACGAUUCCCAUAUCAACCACGACCUUCAUUCAAAGCAUCAGAAUCCCUCAGAAAAUCCAUUCAGGACCAAACCAAAGUCGCACUAGAAAUCACAAAGCAACUGCUUCUGAAUGAGAAAGGCAAUAAGGACAAGAACGUUGUGUUCUCGCCGCUGUCCAUUCAUGUGGUUCUUAGCCUGAUAGCUGCUGGGGCCAAGGGUUCCAACCAAAAAAGGAUGCUCAGUUUCCUCAAGUCCAAGUCCAUAAAAGAGCUCAACACUCUAGCCUCCAGGGUCGUCUCACUAGUCUUUGCCGAUGGAUCCAAACUCGGCGGUCCUCUCUUGUCAUUCGCCAAUGGGGUUUGGAUGGACCAAUCUCUCUCUAUCAAGCCUUCCUUCCAAAAUGUAUUGGGCACUGAUUACAAGGCGGCCUUGAAACAAGUUGAUUUCAAGACCAAACCAGAGGAAGUGCGACGUGAAGUGAAUUCCUGGGGAAAAAAGGAAACCAAGGGUCUAAUCGAAAGCAUUCUCCCCCCUGACUCAGUUUCUACGGCAACAAGGCUCAUCCUUGCAAAUGCUUUAUACUUCAAAGGAGAAUGGGAUAGGGAGUUUGAAGCAUCAGAUACAAGAGUGUCUGACUUUCACCUUCUCCAUAAUGUGGGCUCAGUUAAGGCACACUUCAUGACAAAGUGGUCGGAUCAGUUCGUACGUGCCUUUGAAAGCUUCAAAGUCUUGAAGCUUCUCUACAAACAAGGUCAAGAUUAUGAGAGAGAAUUCUCCAUGUACAUCUUUCUUCCAAAUACAAGAAACGGGCUGCCGUCUUUGAUCGAGCAGUUUUGCUCCAACGUCGAGUUUAUAGAUAGCCAUCUUCCCAACGAAAGAGUUCCGGUACGUCGUUUCUUAAUCCCAAAGUUUAAGAUUUCCUGUGGUUUUGAGGCUUCCAAACUUCUGGAGACUUUGGGAUUCUCUCCUGGAGGCUUGACAGAAAUGGUGGACUCACCUGAGCCCUUAUAUGUUUCGCAAAUAUUCCACAAAGCCUUCAUUGAAGUUAAUGAAAAAGGCACAGAAGCUGCUGCUGUGACGGCAGCUGUUGUAAGGAUGUACUGUGCUAGAGAACCUCCUCGUCCGAUAGAUUUCGUGGCAGAUCACCCAUUCCUUUAUCUUAUCAGAGAAGAAGUGACUAAAACGGUGAUGUUCGUUGGGCAGGUUCUCAAUCCUAUUGAAGACUAA